GUAAAAUCCCAAGGAAACGGAAGGAAACGGAGAAUAAUAUUCCGGGAAAAGCCACCUUGUAAAUCACAAAACGAAAGUAACAUUAACCGUUUCAAUUUUCAAGCUCCCGCAUCCUGCUUCGUGCCGUGGUAUUGUAGUAAAGUAACGGUAUUAUAUUUUCUGACCAGAUAUCUGCCGUGUGAAAAAGAAACUGCAUACCAGAUCAUUUUAAAACCUGCUAUUCGAGAGUAACAUAAAACAUGUCGGCGAAGAAGCUUUCAUCCAGUAAACAAACACGCAAGAAGGAAAGAAAGCAACUCAAUAUUCCAGCGAAACUGGACGAUGCUCAACAAGCAAUUCAAGACUUGAAAUGCACGAUGGACGAAGAAGCCUCGGUGCUUCUGGAGGAGAGAGCGACGUUCGAAGUUAUGAGAAAGAAGCUAGACAGCGUACAUUUCAAGAAACAUAUCAAGCUUAAUGUUGGUGGUCAGAUAUUUAAGACAUCAAUUGAAACUUUGUUAAAAGAUCCUGACUCGAUGUUGGCCGCCAUGUUUUCUGAGAGAUUUGAUGUGAAGCCUGAUGAAGAAGAUGGUGCAUAUUUUGUUGACAGAGAUGGAACACAUUUCAGGUAAGGGUAUCUUUGUAUGUGUGAAUCAUCGCAUGUAACUAGUGGAAUAGUGAACACAGUCUCAGAUGAGGAAAUUCACCUCGGUUAAAUCAAUUAAGCAAGCUGGAAAGGUAGCCAGGGCUUGCUAAUAUUAGAUGGAAAUUUCGAGUGUGAAUUUUAUGAUUAUUUUUAGACCUACCCAGGAGCACUGCCAAAAAUGCAACUAUAUAUUGACCCUCUGCAGGAAUCGAACCUGCGGCCCUGUGAUUCCAGUGUAGCACUCUAACAAACUGAGCUACAGAGCAGAGAUGGAUUUUAUUGGGGGUGGGGGUGUGCACCCCCUAGCCCUGGUCAGAGAGGGUGCUAAGUAUGUAUUUUUCAUGAUAAAGGAAAAAAAUAUUAGAGACAAAAUGAGAUGUACAGUAAUAAUAAUUUGAGUAAUAACAUGACGAUGAGCGAACUGUGAAAAAUUUGUAAUUACAAUCUGAACAAAUACAGUAGUCAAGCAAGACUUUGCAAUAAUCAAGGAAGUUGAUUGAUGGGCGGGGGCGCACAUCACCGACACAACUUGGUGCCUGAACUGGGAGAGCCCUUACCAGAUCACACUGUAUCCAUCCCUGCUACUGAGUCCAGUUCAGUGCCCGAUUAACGUUCCAUGGGGCCCGGGGCAUAUUAUCAGCACGGGACCCUUCACUCCCCCCAACUGCCCAACAGCAUAUAUUUUAGAGACUGAAUUCAGUGCGUCUAUAAGUUUCCUGUGUAUUAAAAAAAAAAGAAGAUUUAUACAUCAAUAAUUUGAUCGAACUGAAAAUAUUCAACCCAGUUUAUUAUACAAUUAACAUAACUAUUAUUUACGGGGAAAAAUAGCUAUAUAUACAUGAUAGCGUCCAUAUAAACUUCUGCUGCCUUCCACACAAUUCAGCAAUAUAUUUUAUAGUAUUUAACAACUUACUGCGAAUUUUGAAAUUUUCUGACCCCUAUGAUUUUUUUGGCCUCACUUUUUGGAGCCCCUUGCACAAAUAAGGAACAAAAAAAUUUGUUUGCACCCUGCUUUUGGAGCCUCACUUUUUUUUAUUUUGGGGCUUCGUUUUUUUGGGGGCCUAGGACUCUUGGGGCCCUGCGUUGUUUGGAUCUCGUGCUGAAACAGAGGAAAAAAACCUGUUUCGAGUGUGAAUUUUAUACAUUCAUUUAGACCUAGCCUUUUAGAACUUACCUAAAUACAUUUAUUUAGACCUAUGACCUUUCUGCUACAGGGCCUAUUGAGUUACAUUUUUCACACAUGCUCGCGUGGUUAGGUUUAGAUAAAUGUAUACCAGGUCCUGUAGAAUUCACUCUCGAAAUUUCCAUGUGCAAAAUCCCUCAGAAUUGCUUCAAACGAGUGGGGUGUCGAAAAUCCUGAUAGCUGCUAUUCCCCAAGACAUAUAGUUUAACUAAUUCAGUUGCAUUGGCUCCUGAUGCCCUCUAUUUGUUUUACUUCCAUUUAAUGACAGACAAUUUUAAGGUGGGCAUGCAUGUUGCUGCUCAAUGGGUUAACCAACCCAUUAAAGCUCAAGACUCUUCCUUUGACAAGUAAAAUUGUCUGGUGUUAGUCAGACUAAAUAGGGCACAAAAAGUAGGGCACAUUUGGCCAUUUGGGUGCAUUUGGCCAUUUUAAAGUAGGGCACAUAAUUGGCCAUUUGGGUACAUUGCAGCAAUUAGCAGACUAACAAGACACAAUUGGCAGGAGUGGACAUAUUUGGAUCAGUCUGCUCAUGUUCACUCCCGGGGUUAAAAUCAACUUAAUAAUUGGGUGGAUGAAUUUAGCUGUUAAAACAGUUGUAUAUACGUACUGUACUGGUUAAAUACACCAGCCAUUAUACUAAGAUCCUCUUCUAUGAUUCAUGGGGUCAAUAAUAUAUGUAUUUUGUAGAUCUGCAGCAGGCAAAGCACAUAAGAUUAUAGAUGUCUGUCGAUCGAGUACUACUAAUAACUGAAGUCUAUCAUUUCUAUUAAAUUUUGAAUUGUGGUUGAUAUAUGAAACCAAGCUGGCUGCCUAGCUGUCAAAUAACUGGUACAGUAUUGUAUGCAUUGCUAAUUGGGACUAUCCAGGUGUCCUGCUGGCUUUAAUACUAAGUACUGUAUAAAUUAUCAUGGCUGGCUUUCAUACCCUAGCAGUAGAACCUGGCUUUAAAUUUUGUGUAGAAUGUUGAAUAUACACUAUGUUUUGAAUUGACAUACAUGUACUGUAUAUAUGAGAUAAUUUGAUCAUGAAUGUCCAGUUUUGCUGCAGACCCUCUUUCUCCCAUUGUUGACUCUCCCCCUACAUCUGGGUUACAAUUACUCAGGCUAGCCUACCCAAUUUAUGAUCAAUUUUAUCAAAUGAAUAUUAGAUUUGUGAGUCAUAGGUUUUUUGGGUGAAUAUACCCCACAGGCAUACCCACCUCGUUCCCAGGCUCUUCCCUAUUUAGGAGGAAAGACCCUGGCAAUAGCUGGUCACAUGGCUCCCAGAACAUUGAUUGCCUAAGGUGGUGUGGGAAAAGUAUCAUAUUACAUGCUUCAACCUCCGCACUUUACACUUCCAUCGCAAGGAGUGAGUGUUCUUGUACAAUCAACUUUGAGAAUGACAGAGAAUCACAUAUCCCUGAUAUACGUCAAAAUACUAGCUAAGUUUGAUUUCUGUUUGCUCUUACAUUUGGUUUCACAUAACUUUUCCGUGAAUGUUGCGAACUUCGUUCCGAACUUCGUUGUGAAGUUCAAAAGUUCAUAUUGAAAUUCACAAGCCGGUUUGUAAACAAAGCCUCUAAUUGGCUUAUUUUUGUUCAGGGACCAAUCAGAGGCUUUGUUUACAAACCGGCUUGUGAAUUUCAGUAUGAACUUUUGAAUUUCACAACGAAGUUCGGAACGAAGUUCGCAAGUUAUAUGAAAUCAACUGUAAAUUAUAAAAAAUGCUUAACAGAUUUUUGUAGCAACAAGUCGGGAAAUGAAGCAAUAAAAAUGUAUGAUUAUAUGCUCUAUUGUUAUUUAUAUGUUCUCUCAGGAGAGUUUGGGUUUUGGUCGAGGGUCGAGGGCAAUUUCGUUCCCCGAGCCUGCGAUCCUCGGGAAGGAACGUGAGGCUGAAACGGAUUAACCCAGAGCCUCGCGUUCCUUCUCGAGGAUCGCAGGCUCGGGGAACGAGAUUGGGGUCGAGGGUAGCAAGUCGAGGGUCGAGAGUGAGGUUGAGGGUCGAAAUCUUUAAAAUUUUGGCCUAAAGAGCGAAAUUUUAAGAUGGCUGAGGGCCGUUCACAUAACUAGUCUACACAUAGACGGGUCUGCGGCGCAGAAACAGGUGGGAAAUUUGUCGUCGCUGACCAAAAAAUUGCGGGCAGAAACAAAGCUCAUUGCAUUUACAUUCAAAACAAAGCAGAAAGUUAGCAAGAAGCUGUUUUAGCUGACGAUUUUGCUUUCCAUUCAACGAUUUACAAAUUAUUGGUUAUUCUUUUAAAAGUCGAUCAUGAAUUCUUUGUUUUGGGAUGAUUGUUUUGUAAUCGCGUGGUUGGAAGAAGUUAAUAUGGCGACGUGAACAUGGGAGUAAAAUUAUACCGUUUACGUCGAUCUAUGGCUUGUUUAAAACCGUAAUAAACGAAGAAAGACGUGAUUUGAGAAUGAAAUGUAAGUUGAAAUUAACUUUAUAUGCGUCCAAUUUUCCAUCCUAUGUUUCUUAAUGUAACUUCAGCUGUCUAAGUUCAAAAUACAAGCUCGCGAAAUUUGACAAAUUUUGAAAAUAUGUAAAAAUAGCUUGACUUUGAACUGUAUUUUCUCAAAAAUAGCCCGUGGCCUCAAUUUCAAAUAUAGCUAAAUGAAAAGAAAAAACUUUUCGGCGGUUGUAGGUAUCAAACAUAUCGUCAGGAAAAUAGGGGCUCACAAUGUUUUAGUUCAGUCUUUGAGACCCAGUUGCUUCGCACGUGUUGUGGUCAAAUUUUUGCCAAGAAUCAAAGGCCGAAAUGUGAACUUCCUUCAUGAAAACCGCUUCGAGACGGGUCUAGUUUGAAAAUUUAGCUAUUAAUUUCGAUUUCAUGAGCAUAUUUUGGUUACACGUUAAGUAUUUUUGUGCUUGAUGCGAUUCAAAAUUUGUUGUAUAUUCAAGUCCGGCUUUUGUGUAAUUUUGGUGAUGACCGGAACAGAAAUAAAGAUAUUUUUAAAACUGGCCGUGGCCUCACGAUAAAACUUUCUACAAAUGUUCUCUGUUUCAUGUACUUUUAUUUGAUAUCUAAGGUAUAAGCGUAAAAAUAGGGGCUCAUACAGUUUGAGAGGUUGUAAAAUGCAUGACUUGCCUCUAUUUUCAUGUAAACAUUCGAAAUUCUUUGACAGCAAAGUAGCAACUGUUUCAGAUCGAAUGCACACGGACAGCCCACCAGAGACAAUGGCAGGGUACUGAAAUAGAACGUCACUAAAAAAUUCUGUAUGAUUAAUUUAUAUCAUGUCCACUCUUUCAACAUAAAACAGUCAUUUAUUUUGUACAAACAUUUGGCUAUAUUUACACGAUUGUGCCUUUUUGUAAACACGCGUUGCGUGUAUUCCACGCAAUUGCGUGGCUCAUUUUACUCGCGCAUGCUCAGACAAAUUUCCCACCUGUUGCGGCGCAGGCUUUCUGAUACUCGCAUGCUUUUCCAUUUUAUUAACUCUUUAUGAGAAUAUAGAUGAAUGAUGAAUCCGCAGUUCUUUUUACAGUCGUGCCAAUAGAAGCGUUCCGAAAAAUGUUGACCAGUUCAUUUCCUAACUUCGAGGAGUUCCUCUGAACAAUUCCUCAACAAUUUGAUAAGUUCCUUAAAAAGUUCCUAACUUCCUGUUUCAUUGACCAAUCAUAUUUUAUUUUUGAGCAAUCUAUCUGAUUGGUCAAUGAAACAGGAAGUUAGGAACUUUUUAAGGAACUUAUCAAAUUGUUGAGGAAUUGUUCAGAGGUGUUCCUUCAAAAAUAUGCCCGGCCACGGUGGGAUUCGAACCUACGACCUUUGGAAUACUAGCCCAAUGCUCUUCCGGUGUUUCAAGCUCGCCCGGUGUAGAUACACACUCAGAGUAACAUCACAAAUAUCAUAUUCACCUGAGUACACAACACCAACACAGAAAAAUGGUGUUCCUUCAAGUUAGGAAAUGAACUGGUCAACAUUUUUCGGAACGCUUCUAUUGGCACGACUGUAACAAGUUUCACUGAGAGUAUCAGGGAUAUAUCAUGGCCAUGGGUUAAUUAUCUCAGAUCAGAGGAGCGGAGUUAUAUUUGUUAAUGUCAUCUCUCUCUUUACGGAUGACGGCUUUUUACAGGACAUAAUUGUCUGUCUAAAUAAAGUACGGUAGACAUAUUUAAUUAUAUAGUAAUAUGUAUUUUAAACUACGUAGUAUUAAACUAUACCCGAAUCAUUUGAUUGUCCUUGCUGAAUGUGUUAAGAAAAGAAACUCUUUUAGCAUAUUUUUUUAGCGUCUUAGGACUUUUGCUUGCUAAAUUGCAGCAUACCCGUCCACUAGUUAUAUCAUAUCAUGUUACCACUAUAACUGUAUGUCUCGUUCUCAAGAUAACUCGUCGACUGCGUAUCCGCGUAUCCACUGAAAAUAUAGAGCUAUCUAUAUAGCAUGAGAAUUUGAUCUAUAUUAAUGCUAAACUGUAACUGUAUGUUUCGUUCUCAAGAUAAAACUUAAUGUGACUGGCCAGCGGAUUAAAACAUCGUAUUGAUUGAUUGAUUGACAUCUUUAUUUAAAACACGUGGUCCAUUUCACAGGUUAUGUUAUGUGUUCUUCAAUGGAGACGUGUACCUAUACUAGUAGACUAAUUACUAAUAAAAAGGUAUCAAACUACAGUAUUUACAAAAGUAACAAACUACACAAGCAAAGAAACUAAUAUAAAAGAAAUAUUAAGAUAUUUUAGAUUUAAACUCAGCGAGAGAUUGAACUCUAGUGAGUUCGACGGGUAUGUCAUUCCAUAGAGUAGCUCCUGUAUAGGAAAAACGUUUCUUCAAGGAUUCCGUUAAGGGUCUUGGUAGAAAAAGUUUAUGAUUAGAUCCACGCAAACUAUGUUCGUGUAUAAUCAUUGACGUGUAAGUAAAUUUUCCAGACAAGUAACUAGGAACCAUAUUAUUAACAGUUUUGUACAUAAAAGUUUUGAACUGUUGGGUAAGUCUGGUUUCAAGGUUGGUCCAAUUCAAUGAUGUUAAAAUAUCUGAUGACCGGAUGUUAUAAUCAGAUUCAGUAAUAAUUCUUGCAGCCCUAUUCUGUAAUCGCUGUAACUUUUGUCCAAGACCCUUACCUAGGCUAUCCCAGACAAUACUACAAUAAUCAAAAUAUGGCUGUGCUAAAGAGUUAUAGAUCAUGACAGGAGUGGACUGUGGGAGCAAUGGUUUUAGUCUUCGUAGAACUCCAAUCACCUUGGAGACUUUGGAGAUUAUAGUAGAAACAUAACCACGACAAGCAGACAACUUCAGAAAAUAUAAAAUAAAACAAAUUCCGAAAAUAGACAUCUUGUGUUCUUGAUAUUCAAGAUAAAAACAAGAGUGUAAAGACAGAGUCGGUAAUAUUUCGUCUUUAUUCCAAAGACAUCGUCAGACCUAUGAAAUUACAAGCAAGCUGUGAUCUAUAUGUAUAGCUAUUUACAGACGCAGCGGAAGUGUAAAAUUACUAAUGGCUUUAGAACAAUGAUAGUUUUUUACAAGCUUUUAGACCACUAUUGAGAUGUGGCAUAUUACGCUUUAUCAGUAGUGCUUCUAGGAUAAGAAGUUGAUUAGGAUUAUUAUUACAACGAUAUAGGAUUUUAGUAUUAGUUUGAAUUAGAUUACGAGGAUUGCAAAGUAAGUCAGUGAAAUCUUCCUCAGAAUCAAUGUCAGGAAAUGAGAAAAGGCGAGAGAUGAAGUGUGUGUCAGGACAGUCUAAGAGAUGUUGAGAUAUGGCACUAGAAUUGUUGUAGUUGGUAGCGUGCUGUGUUAGUCGCGUUUGUAAGUUACGUUCAGUUUUACCUAUGUACGUUUGGCCACAACCAGGACACUUAAAUUCGUAAACUACAUUGGCUUGACAAAGUUCUGGAAUUUUAUCCUUUUUUGGACAGAAAAAUGAAGUUUUCUUAGUUUGAUAAAUUACAAUUGGUUUAAUAGGAAUUUUCAAACUGCGACGGAUUUUGCGGAUAACAUUGAAAACUAAAUUUUCACCUUGUUUACCAAGAUAUGGUAUUCUCAAUUUAUUUGUAUACAGUCAUUUAAAUCUUUCGACACAGGAAUCAAGAGUCAAAAUUGUAGCCGACGGGCUAUAUGAGGCUAUGAGCAUCCAAAAGGAGUGUAACAUAUUAUAGUCUGCGCCGCAGACUCGUCUAUGCGUAGACUAAUUAUAUGACCGGGCCUCAGCCAUCUUAAAUUAAUCUCGCUUUUCAGGUUAUGUGGAAUCAUAUAUUUGUGAGAUAAAUUGCGCUGUGUCACUACUUAAUUCGAACGGAAUUUGAACUUUGCAGUUCUACUUAAUUUAAACAGUCAACUUAGCGGAUAUUCGAACGAGCGUGUACCGCUUGCGUUUUAAGUGUAAAGUUUCACUUUACACUAUUGUGAUGACUGGCAAAUUCAAACGAGUAAGUCAUAGAGUAAACUUUCCGGGGGAUGUAUACGAUUUAUGUUUGUGGUGAUUUAUUGUACUUAGUGCUUUGCAGCUUAUUUUGGCAAUUUCAGCUGUGUUGUUUAAAUACUCUUUAGGCCUUUUGCCUAGUUCACAAAAAUUUCGAGGAAUCGUUGUCGUUAUUGUAAAUUUUUGUAAAUUUUAAAACAUUCGCUUUUCGCGUCGUGCAAAGGAUCUUUCCCCCGGAACACCCGAUUUUUUCUUUAGCAGCGCAAAUGCGCAUGCGCUAUCAAGCCGUAGAUCACGAAGGAGCGACACAGUGUUUUCAAAUAUAUAAAUAUUUCAGACGUUAAUAUAAAAAUCGACUCAAUAUAUAAUUUGAUGUUAUGCAUUACGGGCAUUCAAUCAAUUACCGGUUAUUUAGACGGUAUAUUCAUUACACAGAGCUUGGAAGGAGCUAGACAGUGCUUUUUUUCAAAUGUAUAUUUAAACAUUUCAGACAACAGACGUAAAUAUUCGGAGAAAAUCUUUGAGGUUUUAGAAUUUCAGUAUAGGCAUUCAAUUAAGUGUCGAUAUUACUUUGACGGUAUAUUCAUUAUACAGAGCUAGGAAGUAGCGAUACAGUAUUGUUUUCAAAUAUAUAAACAUUUCAGACAUGAAUAUUGACGCAAUAUAUAAAUUGAUGUUUUGUAUUUUACCGGCAUGCGUCCGCGAUUAUUGAUGAACUUUAGACUUCGCUAAUGGUUUCUUUUCUCCGUGUGUAAAUAGCCGAGCGGAAUUAGUAUACCCUCGCCAUGAGCUUACGCCCGAAACGGCGGCUCCGCGCCCUUGGCUCGGGGAUAUUAAUUUUAAUAUAAUAAACUGCAUAUAUGAAAUAUCCUUGCUGCACUUCGAUCCCUUUUUCAACUUGAUCUUCAAUCAUAUUUUUGUUUCAUUUUCGCCUGUAGAUACAUCUUAAAUUACCUGCGCACAGGAAAGCUGAUCUACCCAAAAGAAAACAAAGUUUUGGCGAAAGAGCUUUACCUUGAGGCUGAGUUUUAUCAAAUCAGUGGCAUUCGUAACGACAUUUGGCCCGGUGGAGCAUUUCAAAAUUCAAGCUACAUUAUUAACAGCUUGUCUGAUGAGCAAAGAAACGCGUUGUUGUCACUGAUACCACCGCAAGACAUUUUCGUCAACUGGGUGCAGCUUUACAGCAGUCAAACAUAUGGAUGGUGUACAUCUUCUUUUCAUCAAUAUUGUAACAACAAGGGUCCCACUGUCGUCAUUGCAAGAGCUGGUAAUAAUAUAUUUGGGGGAUAUGCUGAAGUUUCGUGGAAUUCAGGUAAUAACUGCACAAAAUUUACAGUUUCUUGAUUUGAGACAUGAAACAUUAGUUUCAUAUUAUUCUGACGCUGUAGAGCUAGUACAACGAAAAAUUAUUUGUCUCGACCGGGAUUCGAAUUCGCAUAUUCGGGGUUUUGGCCCGCCGCAUUCUACCCAUUGAGCUAGCAGAUCAACGGAGAGGAUAGUUAUGAUAUAAAAUAGAAUUGAAACCCUGCAGUGCGUCCUUCGAGACAAACGUUAAGUCGUCGAAAAUACUUUGUGCGCUUGAACUGAACAAGAAUCGCUACCAAUCCCCGUUGACUCGAUAGCUCAAUACGUAGAGUGCAUGGCGGUCUAGAAACCCGACUAUGCAACUUUUAAUCCAACUUUGAAUUUCAAUUUUUUACUAUAUACUGUGUUAAAUGUUUGCUUUCUUUCUUCGUUUUUGUUGUACAAAUAUGGCUCAAUUAUCUCAAUCUCAAAAAAGGAAUUGGACGCUAUUUUUGACCCUAAAUUAAAGCCAAUCGGCGACACAAUUGUUGAGAUGAAUGACUCGAUGAAAUUUUUGAAUACAAGCUUUGAAGAAGUAAAGAUUAAAGUGCCUAUCUCAUGAUUGAGGUUUUUACAUAUUUACCAUAUUUCGAACAUUUUAGGACGAUUUGCUU